AUGGCGAGGUUGCUUGCAAGCUGUUUAGGUGGAGCUGUUAUGUUUCAGGCGUCCGGCGGCGGCCUGUUACUAAUCUGCGUCGCAGUGGUGGUACUCUCGGUCGUGUCCAUGGUCGUCUUUGCUUGUGCCGACGGCUGGUAUCGAAGGAAACCGGGUCAUUUCCCUGGUGGUGGUGGCUACCAUGGAGAUGGAGGCGGCCACCACCAUGAUGGUGGUCCUCACCACGGAGGUGGCGGCUUCCAUGGAGGUGGCGGCGGCCACCACCACGAUGGUGGCGGCGGCCAUGGAGGUGGAGGCCACCAUGGUGGCGGCGGCCAUGGAGGUGGAGGCCACCAUGGUGGCGGAGGUCACCAUGGGGGCGGUCAUUAUUAG